AUGGCGAAGCCUGAGGAUAUGAGCGGUGAACAAUUCUCAGCAGAGUCUCCAGAACGAAAGUACGUUUCAAAGCGUAAUCGUAUCUCGUUUGUUUGUCAAGCUUGUAGGAAAAGUAAAACCAAGUGCGACCGGGAGAAACCUAGGUGCAGCAGGUGUGCUAAGAAUAAUAUUAAAUGUGUUUAUGAUAUUGAGAAGCAAAGUGCGCCGAGGGUUCCUAGUAAGGAUGCUACUAUCAAGAGGUUAACUCAGGAGUUGGAAUAUUGGAAGAAGAAAGCGGCACGGUAUAUGGAUAUGGAGGAGUCGGGACAGUUAUCUCCUGGUAGGCGUCCUAAGUCUUCUAGUGAUUUGACGGGUAGAGCUAGUUCUAGUGAUUUGCAUGUAUUGAGUGAUGAUUUUACUUCUUCUCAGGAUAGUUCUGCAGACGGGAAAAGGCUUCCCAGGCCUGAUGAAAUAUUGAUAAAUUUCUAUGACCAGGCUCCGCAGCUGCUUAUUAAGGAUUCUAUGAAGCGGGAUGUGAAGGCUUCGUGCGAAUUGUCGCAGGUUAGGCAUGAUAGGUUUCUUUCUAUAUUUCUUUCUUCGGUUUUUGCUAGUGCUUCAAAGAAUGCGUUGAUUCAUUCUAUUCCUUCAGAUGAUGCACCAGCCUUCUUCGAUCGCACCAAAAGAAAACAGAAUGCGAUGGCUUUACGUGAUGCUAUGUUCCAAAUGGCUGCAUCUGACAAGGAUAGGGAACAGCUAAUUCAGUUUACUGACCGCAUUUCGCAAGGCAAUAUGCUUGCAGAGAACCGUACGGGUUUCUACAUCAGGAUGUUUACCAGUACGCUUUAUAAGAACUAUGUUGAAGAUCGUUGUCCUAAGGAAGCUAUUUAUUCGGAUACUUUGAAAGAUCUAAUUGUGAGGAUUGAAAUGUUCUUGCCACCGUUGACUGAUGUUAGAACUUAUAUGGCUCAUUUUUACAAAUUUGUGUAUCCGAUCGUUCCCUUUUUGGAGAUGGAUUUGUUUGAAGCAUCUUUGGCCGAAAUUUUACAGGAAGAUCCCUCCGGGAAUGGCCGUAUAAAAUUAAAUAUUGGCCAUGAGCAUAUAAGGUCUAAAAUUGAAACGAUUGCAAUUCUUUUGAUCGUUAUGAAACUUUCUUAUAUUUCUAUGACAUUUUCUAAUCCUUCUGUGGAUUAUCGUGAUAGUUCUAUUAACAAGGAAGUCUUCGAGUGUUUGACUUCCUAUCCGAUCUCCGACGAGGCUGUAACGUUAUCUCAAAAAGCAAUAGCAAGCGUUAACUUAUUCAAUUGGACCAAUGAGAAUUGUGUCACUUGUCUCCUUUAUUUAUGGGCUUUCUUCGUCUUUGCCCCUCAAGAUGGUGAUUUCUGUUUAGGCCAACCUACUGAGGUUAUCUUGAGCCUCGUUAAUUCUAUGGCAAUUAACAUAGGUCUGCAUAGGGACCCUUCAAAGUACGAACAGCUGAAUGACCCUACAGUCUCUGAUCCGAAACUCAGGAACUACCGUCGUAAGCUCUGGAUAUGUAUAUUCAUUGCGUGCAGAUAUGAAGCUAGUCUUAGAGGAAAACAUCCUCAAUCCAUGCAAGAUCACAGUGAUUCAUUUUUGAAUUCAGAAUUUCCCCAACAGUACAUGGAAUCCGUGUUUUCAGAUUUACCAGAUGCAGAUCCUUAUACAGUCAUGAUACACUCACUCACUUUCAAAAGGUAUCAAUUAUUGUUAAUGAUGUCUGAACUUGAUGAGAUAUCCAUUCAUAGCCGUUACAGGCUGCCUUUAGGAAGGAUUGAAUCACAGCUUGAAAAUGUUCGCAAUUUCUUGGAGAGAGAGGUUCCUUCAGACCUCACCGACUUUGAAAAUGAGUCGGAGUUCCUGAAAUUAAGCUCACUUUCUGGUCGUGAUGAGAUUGCAGAUAUAAUGAAAAUCAAGAAAGUUGUCUUUAUGCAAGCGUAUAUGAUUACGAGGUUGUCCGUAGUGCGGACAGUUAUUAACCUGAUGCUUUAUUUCGAAAGAUUGACCUCUGAAUCCGGGAAAGAGUAUAUGCCAUAUUUUCAAAAAUACUUCCUUCUCAUGGUAAAGGAAACUAUACUUUUUAUUGAGAUGCUUCUUAAGCACUUUGACUAUAAGUCAAAUGAUCCAUAUUUCCUACACAUGAAGUAUAGUACCGAUAAAGUUGCUCAACUAUGUGUAUCCUCAGUGCUACUGCCUAUGUUGUCCAUUAUUUUAAGGAUGGUCCACUCUCAAUAUUUACUUCAAAAGAUGUUGCAGAGCGGAGAAAUGAUAGGUGUAGAAGACAUUCAUGUUACCAAACAAAAAUUGGAUUUGAUAUCGACGAUAUAUGAGAAUAACAUCGACAUUUUGGAAAUGCUAUGUACUGUUGUUACAAGGAAGUUGGGUUUCACAUACUUUUCAGUAUUCCAAAUGUUAAUUUUCUUUGAUUAUUGUAAUCAAAUAAUUAGGAAAGGAGAAGUUUUAAACAUCUUUUCAAGAAUAACACAGCUUACGUAUCAUCCAAAAAUUCGAGUCGGCAUCUACCAAGGUUUUGGCAUUGAUGUAGACAAGAAGGAUACUAUUUUGAAAUUCCUCAACGAUGCCACCUUUAUCAAACAGACCAACAUCCAACAUUUAAAGAAACUGAAGGAAUUUUCUGGUAAAAUUCCGAAGAAAGUUGUUGAUGUAUUUCGUUCAGAAGGUACAAACGACGUCAAAUUUUCAAUGCAACCAACACCAGCUCGAAAUGAUCACCAUACUUUUCCUGAGUGUAACAACUUACCUUUCCCUGUCACUAAUGACAAUACCCAGGCACUAAAUAUGACGUCAAAUGUUAAUGAUACCGGCCAGCCUUUUGGUGGAGAUCUUCAAAACUUUGCCGCUGUGCAGCUAGAUUCUCUAGUAUCAUUUGAUGAUUUAGACCUUUUAGACUAUGAAUUUUUAUUUGGGAACAGUGGUUAA